GAAAGGCAGUGGAUUCUCUCUCACACUGCCUGUGAAAGAGACAGACGCGUUUUCACGCAUAAAUGGAGGCUCGAUCUUAGGGCUCAACCAAACAGCCCUAAAGCCCAGAACAUGGUGAAGGACCAAGAAGUGGAGCGCAUUGCUAAGAAGCUGGACAAAAUGGUGCAUAAGAAAAACACAGAUGGUGCCAUUGACCUGCUUCAGGAGCUGAAGAACAUGAAAAUGUCUUUGGAGACCCUACAGUCCACACGGAUCGGGAUGUCUGUAAACGCCGUGCGGAAACAGAGUUCUGAUGAGGAGGUGCAAAUUCUGGCAAAAUCACUCAUCAAGGCCUGGAAGAAAUUACUGGAUGGUGCUGAGGGUAAGUCAGAGGACAAGAAGAAAGUAGGAUCUCCUCUCCAGUCUUCCUCUAAAGACUGCCCUGGAUCCAGUGACACCAGUAACAAACCGGAGAUACCAAAAACUCCCACCACCCCUGUAACCCCCAAAUUGACCACCUUCCCACCUGCACCCAUCACAACUGAUAGCGUGCGUACUAAAUGCAGAGAGCUGCUGGUGUCAGCCCUACAGACUGAUGGUGAUUUUCAAACAAUCGGUGCAGACUGUGAACACUUGGCAGCACAGAUUGAAGAUUGUAUCUACCAAGAAUUCAAGUCCACUGACAUGAAGUAUAAAUCCAGACUGAGGAGUCGCAUCUCCAACCUAAAGGACCAGAAAAACCCAGACUUGCGCCGGAACGUUUUGUGCGGCAACAUCUCGGCAGACCGCAUUUCCAACAUGACUGCAGAAGAGAUGGCUAGUGCGGAGCUGAAAGAGAUCAGGAAAGCACUGACCAAGGAGUCAAUUCGAGAGCACCAGUUGUCUAAAGUGGGUGGCACAGAGACUGACAUGUUCAUCUGUGGGAAGUGCAAGGGCAAGAACUGUACCUACACUCAGGUCCAGACACGCAGCGCUGAUGAACCUAUGACCACCUUUGUGCUGUGCAACGAGUGUGGAAACCGUUGGAAGUUUUGUUAAAGACUCAAUUGACCAGGAUUCUUCAUAUUAAGAGAUGACCUGAAAUCAUGGUGUAAGAAAGUACUUUUGUUUUUUUCUUUUGAGGAAAAAAAAGUCAGACUUUUUAUAUACAUUAAUUUUCAUAGCUUUGCAAUGUAUAAUGUAGUGUUGCUACUUCAAAAAGCAGUUUCUGUAAUUUUUUUUUCUUUUUUACUUGUGUUAUAUCUUUGCCUUUCAUACACUGCAGAUAACUUAGUAAGUCAGCUCGCUUGUUCUUGCUUUUGCCUUUGAUAUAGCGCUUGUGCCUUUAAAUUGCUAUAUGAGUGCUGAGUUAUUGCUGAAAGAAUUUUUACACAUCCAUACUGAUUUUCUUUGAACAUGUGCUUUCAUAUAUGUAUAUGUGGUUGAUGCAUUUCGCAGGUGAUUUAUUUAACCAAAUUGUGAUGGGUUGGUUGAAUUGCCAGAGUUUAAACAGUCUUAAAGGAUUUAUAGAUAGUCUUUGAUAGGUGUUAUAUUUCUUCCUUUAGACAGUUAGAUAAGGAAAAAUAACAAUGUGGUACAUAAUUGAAGGUUCAUAUGUAUUAUAUGAAUAUCUGGACUGUUUUGUCUCAGUAAAUUUGAAA